AUGUCAAUGUUCAGGUCCCCUGGAGAGGUAUCAUCCUCAGAGUCGUCUUCGGACGCGUCUUCGGACGAAAGUCAACAUGAUGUCUCUACGGAAGACUGCGUUCCCGUUCAAGGUACACAGCAGAGUAAGGAAAAUGGCAUUGAUGAAUCUCGCCUCCUGCAGGACAAUGCCCUUCGAGACCAUGAGGCUGAUUCCGGCAAGGUGCUGGAGGGUGAUACAAAGGACCAUUCAAACAUGAUGACGGCUGCCCUUCUCGAAUUUUACUGUCUUUCUCGGGCGGCAGACAUCUUGAACAAACAGGCGGGCGCCAAUGGACAGUACACGCGUGACUCGCCUGAAGUGCGAUAUCUCGGGAACCAGUUGUACACCCACAAGUCUGCAUUCCUGUCCUCAGUAGGGGCGGUGUCUCAGGGUAUUGAAGGAGAUGAAUGGGGGGCAACAAGGCAGUAUUAUCGCGACAACCUUGAUAUGUUGGGCAUGUCUAUGCUAGACAAACUCAAAAUCGACGAUGUCGGUGGACAGCAAUCUGGAAUCAUAGCAGCAAACGAUGGGGGCCCGAGCUUAGAGCAAAGUAAAUCUCUUCAGCUGUGGUCGACCAAUCCAGGUUUGAACAUGAUGCACCCCGGACCUAGUGGUGUUGGACUGCCAGCCGGCCAGAAGCGAUUAAUUGGCCAUGAAAACGUCCCUGCCUCACGAAACUUUCCAUUCGACCUUACGGCUUUGCUUAAUCCGUCAACACAAUUUCCAGGAAGCUCGACAGUUGGCUUGCCUCUGCUUCAGCCCAAACCACAACCGCCAAGCAGUCAUUUGUCACGUUACACUAUGGAGUUUUCUGAGGUCAAAGUUCUGGGCCGUGGCUCCUUUGGCGAAGUAUACCACGUCAAAAACCACAUAGACGACCAGGAUUACGCAAUCAAAAAGAUUCCUCUCAGCCAGCGACGACUUCAGCAGCUACAAUGUGGCAGUCAGAAUCAGCUGGAAAAAAUCAUGAAGGAGAUAAGAACACUCGCUCGACUCGAGCAUACCAAUGUCGUUCGAUAUUAUGGCGCCUGGGUGGAACGAUCUCCCAUUUCCGGUUACGCUACUUCGCUGCACGAGGAAUCUGAAGACAUCAACUCUGCGCAGAUGCAAAGCCGCACUUAUAGCAUGGGGAUGACAGACAGUAAAAGCUUCGGGAUCGUUUUCGAACAGUCAGAGACUUCGGAUGGCUCCAGUGCAUAUCAUCGCCGUCAGAGCCACUCCAGUGUGGGCACCCACACAUCAAAGGCAUCCACUGCACAUGGCAUGGGGGAAGAUGAUGAGGUAGAGACCAUCCCGCGCAACUUCAGCCUCGCCUCGCAAGACCCGCUGUCUACCUUUGGUGGCACCGAUGAUGAUAUUUUCACGGAUGGCCUCAGCGAAGAUCCGUCCAAGCUACAAAUUCAGCGCCGAUACCGAAGCGCAGCUCAACUGCCCGCUGUUGUUCUGCAUAUACAAAUGUCGUUACACCCGAUCUCGCUGAGCUCUUACCUCAACUCACAACCAAGCGCAAACGCGGAGCACGACAAAACGCUCCCACGGCGCCACUGCUAUCAUCUGGUGCCUUCUCUAAAGUUAAUGCUGGACAUCAUCUCCGGCGUUGAUUAUCUGCAUUCCAAGGACAUUGUGCACCGCGAUCUGAAGCCAGCUAAUAUCUUCCUUUGUGCCCCGGACAAGAAGCAAUUGGAUGGAUGUUCACCCUGUGCAAGCGCGCAUGGACCGAUCUAUAGAUAUUGCCAUCCUCGUAUUGGUGAUUUCGGUCUCGUCGCAGACAUCUCGCACAUCAACGAUUGCCCUCCAGAGGGCUCUUCGUCAGAGCCACAAGACGCAGAGAUUCACACUGUCGUUGGAACCGAAUUCUACCGUCCACCUUUUCACGCCAGCAAGGUAGGAAUGACAGAACGCCCACGCCAGCAUGGCAAACCAGCAUCCUUAUACGUCAUUGACGAGACGCUCGACGUAUACGCGCUGGGUGUUACUUUGUUUGAACUAGUUUAUCCACUCAAUACCAAGAUGGAGCGCCAGCUCGUUCUCACCGGGCUCACCCGAGGACCACCCGGGCGAACUUCAACCGGACCUAUCUUUCCCGAAGACUUCUCACACAAACUUCAUAUGGGCUCCAUGACCCUUGCUGGUGGAACGUCAGUAGCUGAAUAUGUAAUGACGUGCAUAAAGGGCAUGCUAGAGCCAGAUCCGCAACAGCGCUGGCGCUCCCCGCAGAUUAAGAAGUAUUUGAAGGAGCUUCUUUCCCAGGUGCAGGGCCUAAGCUAGCCUAGUGGUCUGUAGCAUGACCUCCGAGGGUUGGAAUGUGUUUGAAGGUAGAGAAGUGAUCGAUGGAUCAAUUAGUUGGGGUUGGCGACGUGCACAUGGUCAAGAACAUACUGGAGAUCUGGAAACGGGAGUCGAUUAGCGGGCAAGGAAAAGGGAUCAUG